AUGGCUUCUAGACAGGCUUCUCACGCUGGUUCCUGGUACUCUGAUAAUCCUCGCGCCCUGACUCGCCAGCUGGACGACUGGCUAGCGGAGGUGCCAGAAUCGAUGGAUCAAGUCGGAUCGCUUCCAGUACCCGGAGCGCGAGUGAUCAUUGCGCCACAUGCGGGGUAUGCUUACUCAGGACCCUGCGCCGCCUUCGCAUACAGGGCCCUUGAUCUGUCCAAGAUAGAACGCAUCUUUGUCUUGGGCCCAUCACACCACUAUCCGCUUUCCACGCUGGCUCUCCCCCAAGUAACCUCCUACUGUACCCCGCUCUCCAACGAGCCUCUGCCCCUCGACACAGACCUUAUCAGCCAGCUUUUGACGGCCGAAGCAACCAAGACCAAUGGAUCUAAGAUUCGAUUCACCACCAUGAGCCAGUCUGUCGACGAAGAUGAGCACAGUAUCGAGAUGCACCUGCCAUAUAUUCAUCGCUUGCUGCAGCUGCAGUUCCCAAACACUCCAGCGGCACAGUACCCGCCGCUGGUUCCAAUCAUGGUUGGAAGUACCUCUGCCGCGACAGAGCAGGCCUUCGGUGCCUUACUGGCUCCCUAUUUGGCAGACCCGUCGAAUGCCUUCGUGAUCAGCUCGGACUUCUGCCACUGGGGUCUCCGCUUCCGCUACACAUAUUAUGUUCCGCAGGCUCCGACACCUGGACCAGUACUCCCACUGUCGAGCGACAACCUGCCCCAACCGGGCCAGGACCCCGACGACAUUCUGAAGAGCAUUAAUUCGGUCUCCGCGGGACAUGCCUUGCAGCGGCGUGAUCGGGUCUCGAGCAAAGAGCCUGCAAUCCACGAGAGCAUAUCCGCAUUUGAUAUUGCUACUAUGACGGCCAUCACGAGUGGAUCAGCGAGAACCUUCCUCGACACCAUUGACCGCACCGGGAACACGGUCUGUGGCCGACAUCCGAUUGGGGUGAUCAUGGCGGCACUUAAGGUUGCUAUGGCGGGUCAACCCAGCAAGAAGGGUCUCUUCCACUUCCUCCGGUAUGAGCGCAGCUCGGAUGCGGUGGAUGUGAUGGACAGUUCUGUUAGCUACGUGUCUGCCUUUGCGGUGCUCUAG